AGGUGGGUACUGGUAUGAUUCGGUCCCCAAUGAGUGUUCAGUGAAAAACAGUAGACUUGAGACAUUAUGCUUUCUGAGUCAACGAAAGACACACUAUCAUUCAGGAUCAUAUCAGUAUCACAAGCAACACUAGACUCAAGCUUGUUCGGUUAAAAGUUUUUUCUGACGAAUCUCUAUCGUCAUCCUUUUUUUACUCUUUUUCUUCGUAGAUCAAGACCCAUCAUUCAAGAUCAAAAUAAAUUUCUGUGUGUAAUCUUGAUUAACAGACUAUAAACGGAGUAAAUAUCAACGGUGUAACGAAGGGAUAUCUAUUUAUUUUCAGAGAAAAAAGAGAGCAAAAUAGAAAAAAAAUACAAUCGUAAUGGCGGAAACAAAAAUAGAAAAUUUACCGGACAGGAUAGAGCAGACUUUUCGAGGUCAAAACAUCCUUAUUACCGGGGGCACUGGAUUUCUUGGAAAAGUGAUGCUCGAAAAAUUUUUACGUUGUUUACCAGGAAUAACACAGAUCUUUAUGCUUGUUAGACCUAAAAAGGAUAAAGAACCUAAGGAUCGUUUAAAUGAGAUCUUGGAGAGUCCGAUAUUCGAUCAAAUUCGUGAACAAAGAGGAUUGCAAACAUUGCACAAUACGGUGAUGGCGAUAAAAGGAGAUGUGAUGUUACCAGAACUUGGCAUUUCAGCAGAGGAUAGAAAAAUGUUGAUUGACAAAGUUACUAUUAUUUAUCAUGCGGCAGCAUCAGUGAGAUUCGAUGAGAUGUUAAAGAAAGCAGUAUUAUUGAAUACACGUGGUACGAAACAAAUGUUGGAGUUGGCCAAGGAAAUGAAGAAUUUGUUAUUUUUCGGUCACAUUAGUACAUCUUAUUGUCACCUUGAUCAAAAAUUAUUGAAAGAAAAGUUGUAUCCACCUCCGGCGGAUCCACAUAAGGUAAUAACAUGUAUCGAAUGGAUGGACGAUGAAAUAGUGAAUACCAUAACACAUAAGAUAUUAGGUAAUAUACCAAAUACUUAUGCCUUUACGAAAGCUCUGUCCGAAAAAAUUAUUGAGGAAGCUAUGCCAUACAUUCCGAUAGUUCUAUUAAGACCAAGUGUUAUUAUACCUAUUUGGAAAGAACCACUCCCGGGAUGGACAGAUAAUAUUAAUGGUCCGACAGGACUUUUAAUCGGUGCUGGAAAAGGUGUAAUUAGGAGUAUGUAUUGCAAUGAAAAUAGUUAUGCUGAUUACGUUCCUGUCGAUAUAUUGGUCAAUGCUAUUCUUGCUUGCACAUGGAAUUAUAUUUAUUUCAAAGAUCAUGAUAAGAGAAUAUACAAUCUUACCAGCAGUAGCGAUUUCAAGAUUUCGUGGCGUGAAAUCAUAGAGAUUGGUCGUCGAGUAAUAGAGAAAAUACCUUUAAAUGGUGUCGUUUGGUACCCAGGUGGCAGUAUGAAAAAAUCACGUCUUCAUCAUGAUAUUUGUGUAUUUUUAUUUCACACGAUUCCAGCUUACUUCAUUGAUACAAUCAUAUUUCUUGCGGGUUACGAGCCAAUCAUGUGUCGAGUUCAACGUCGUAUACAAAAAGGAUUCGAUGUGUUGGAAUACUAUGGCAAUAACCAAUGGGAUUUUGUUAAUGCAAAUAUAAAGGAAGUGAGAGAUAAAUUUAAUGCCAGAGAAUAUAAUAAGUAUUACUUACAUGGAGACGGCAUAGACUUGUACGAAUAUUUUGAAAAUUGUAUAAAAGCUGCAAGAAUUUAUAUUUUAAAAGAACUUCCAGAAACUUUACCGGCAGCUCGUCGGCACAUUAGAAUAAUGUAUUGGGUAGACAUAUUUACGAAGAUACUUUUUUUUGCACUUCUGAUAUACGUACUGUUUUCAUGGAUCAGUAGCUUCGAAGCAUUUUUUAACGAAAGCUGGACCGGAGUCACCAAAAUAUUACCUUUGUAAUUAUACAUAUUCUCAGUUUAUAAUUAUUUUUUUAUAAUUUUUUCCAUGAUUAAAUAAAAUUUCAGUUAUUUCUGCUGUAA